AUGGCCAUCGCCUCAACUUCGGACGUUAUCGUGCUUUCGGUCGGCUUCGUUCUUGCUGCAGUAUACCUCUUCCGCGAACAGAUCUUCGAUUCCGGCAAAUCAAAGAGCUCAGUACCCAUAGCAUCCAAGAGUGCGGCAAAUGGCUCCGGAAACCCUCGGGACUUCGUGGCGAAGAUGAAAGCUGGUAACAAGCGCCUGGUCAUCUUCUAUGGAUCGCAAACGGGUACUGCCGAGGAGUACGCCAUCAGGAUAGCGAAAGAGGCCAAGUCUAAGUUCGGUCUCGCAUCACUCGUCUGCGAUCCUGAGGAAUACGACUUCGAGAAUCUCGACACGUUGCCGGAAAACUGCGCCGCGAUCUUCGUCAUGGCCACAUAUGGCGAAGGCGAGCCGACGGAUAACGCUGUACAGCUCAUGCAAAACCUCUCCGACGAAUCCUUCGAGUUUUCCAAUGGCGAGCACAAACUCGAGGGCCUCAAAUACGUUAUCUUCGGUCUCGGCAACCGCACUUAUGAGCACUUUAACCUCGUGGCGAAGCAGGUCGAUCAGUACCUCUCCGAGAUGGGCGCUACGCGUAUUGGAGAACGUGGCGUUGGUGAUGACGACAAGAGCAUGGAGGAGGACUACUUGGAGUGGAAGGAUGGCAUGUGGGAAGACUUCGCUCGUGUCAUGGGCGUUGAGGAGGGCACUGGCGCCGAUGCUCCCGACUUCGCCGUCACCGAGCUCACUGAGUCCGUCCCCGAGAAGGUGUACCAGGGCGAGCUCUCCGCCCGUGCUCUUACCAGGUCAAAGGGCAUCCACGACGCAAAGAACCCGUAUCCCGCCCCGAUCGCCGUUGCUCGCGAACUCUUCCAGAAGACAGGCGACCGCAACUGCGUACAUGUCGAGCUCAACAUCGAGGGAUCAGGUCUCACCUAUCAGCAUGGUGACCACGUCGGCGUUUGGCCAUCGAACCCAGAACUUGAGGUUACUCGCUUGUUGUGCGCUCUCGGCUUGGAAGACAAGGCGGACACUGUCAUCGGCAUCGAGUCCCUCGACCCUGCUCUCGCCAAGGUCCCCUUCCCCGUCCCGACUACAUAUAGCACUGUCCUUCGCCAUUACAUCGACAUCAGUGCCGUCGCCGGUCGUCAAGUUCUUGGCGCCAUCUCCAAGUACGCGCCGACGCCUGAGGCAGCGGAGUUCUUGCGCCAGCUCAACACGAGCAAGGACGAGUUCCAUUCCGUCGUCACGGAUGGCUGCCUGAAGCUCGGCGAGCUCUUGCAGCUAGCCGCCGGUAACGACAUCACGGCCGAGCCCACCACGGAGAACACGACAACCUGGGCGAUCCCCUUCGACAUGAUUGUCUCUGCGAUCCCGCGCUUACAGCCCCGCUACUACUCAAUCUCUUCCUCGCCCAAAAUGCACCCGACUACGAUCCACAUCACCUGCGUCGUCCUCAAGUACCAGUCCGUUGGCGCGCGUGUACCUGAGCGCCACAUCUUCGGUGUCGGCUCCAACUACUUGCUCAACCUCAAGUACGCGGCAUCCGGCGAGGAGGCACCAUUACUCAGCACCGACGGCGCACCCGCACGGACUGCUGUCCCGAAGUACCGUAUUGAGGGUCCUCGCGGCGCGCACCGUGAGGGUUCGAUCUACAAGGUCCCGGUGCACGUCCGCCGCUCAACCUUCCGCUUGCCUACCAACCCGAAGAGCCCAAUCAUCAUGAUUGGCCCCGGCACCGGUGUGGCGCCUUUCCGCGGCUUCGUUCAGGAGCGUGUUGCCCUUGCUCGCCGGUCAAUCGAGAAGAACGGCCCCGACGCAUUGGCAGAUUGGGGACAGAUCUCGCUCUUCUACGGCUGCCGACGGGAUGACGAAGACUACCUGUACAAGGACGAGUGGCCCGAGUACGAGCGCGAGCUCAACGGCAAGUUCAAGAUGCACGUCUCGCUUUCUCGGCAGAAUUACCGCCCAGAUGGCACGAAGAUCUACGUGCAGGAUCUAUUGUGGGACGACCGUGCACAUGUCGCCGACGCCAUUCUUAACGGCAAGGGCUACAUCUACAUCUGCGGUGACGCCAAGAGCAUGUCCAAGGCUGUCGAGGACACCCUUGCGCGCAUCUUCGGCGAGGCCAAGGGCGGAUCGGCGGAGGUUGAGGGCGCUGCGGAGUUGAAGUUGCUCAAGGAGCGCUCGCGCCUUAUGCUCGACGUCUGGAGUUGA